AUGAAACACACAAUCACUCUUUUAGCGUUUGGAGCGCUUGUUGUUGCGACUGAUCAUACCGUCACGGUUACAGAAACAGUAACUGCCUGUGCCCAAUCUUGUUUCUCUGCUGUUACGAUGUGCAAUCCCACGUCCGCCGUCUCCAGCGAAUCCCCUGCACAGACUUCCGCUCACAGCAUUUCAAGCUACACGGCGAUUUCUUCUGAAUCUCCCGAAGCUACAUCCUCUUGUGAUGCUUACAGCUGCAAGGCGCCAUCCUACUCCGAUAAAACUGCCACUGAGACCAAGCACCACCCCAAGACCACGACGUACACUGUUUCCCAUACCAUCAAGCCUACAGUCAGCACCGCUUCGGAGACAAUUUCUUACGAAAGCGGCGCACUUCCUACCGGUACUAGCUCUUCUGAAGUCCAUUCACCCUGCGGUCCUUCUACCAAGCACCCAACCUAUACAUUCCCCAAUGGCUCUCAUCCAACAUCUGAACCUUGGUACUCUGGCAAACCGACCGGCAGCAUGAUUCUCACAACAAGCAGCAGCGUGUCCCACCCCAAUGCAACCAGCAGCAAUUCCUUUUCUAUUGUCAUUACAACCGACAAAGUGUCUCCCACUCGCCUCUCAUCCGACUCGCAACAACCUUCAUCGUCAACCGAUGACGACGACGCUCCGGAGUCUACAUCUACAACAGACGACGAUUCCCCCACUGAAACGGAGCCUCCAUCGUCAACUACAACCGACGAUGAUUCCCCUGAAGAAACCGAAAGCGCUCUUCCGGUUUCCACCGGCGGUGAUGAUGCAACCUCUACCUGGCGCACCUCAACGCUUCCCAAGUCUUCAAAGACGAUCAUCAGCGUCAGUGCUGCCCCAACAACCAUGCAGACGAGUCACAGGGAAUCGUCUACCUCAUCUACUGACGGACCACCCGAAUACUCUGACCCUCCUUCAUACAGCUACAAAGGUCGUCGCCGCAUGUAA